AUGGCGGGCACGUUCGCAAACCCAACGCAACUUUUACCACUCGAGUUGGUGGACAAGUGUAUUGGAUCCAGAAUUCACAUCAUCAUGAAGAACGAUAAAGAGAUUGUUGGAAUUCUUUUAGGGUUUGACGAUUUUGUCAACAUGGUUCUUGAGGAUGUCACAGAGUUUGAAAGCACACCAGAAGGUAGACGAGUGACAAAACUGGACAAGCUGUUGUUAAACGGGAAUAACAUUACAAUGGUAGAUUGUCCUCUUCUGGUUCCAGGAGGAGUAAGGCCUCUUUCUGGUGUGGGCUGA